AAAGUCGUCAUCCUUGGUGCACAAGGUGUUGGGAAAACAUCGCUUGUGCAUCGUUAUACGUCUGGUCAAUUUAGUGCUUCUGCCGUACCGAGCACAAUCGGAGCAAGCUUUUUGACAAAGAAGUUGAUCGUGGAUGGAAUCAAAGUGCGCCUACAGCUAUGGGAUACAGCAGGACAGGAAAGAUUCAGAAGUAUGGCACCGAUGUAUUAUCGUGGAGCGAAUGCGGCCGUUAUUGUUUACGAUAUUACCAACCCACACAGCUUUGAGGAUGUAAAGACGUGGAUUGAUGAAUUACGUCAGAAUGUUCAUUCAGAUCUGGUCAUCCAUAUCGUUGGCUCAAAAGCUGAUCUGUCUUACGCACGUCAGGUUGAUCUGAAUGAUGCAAGACAAGCA